CUAGUUUUCCCCUCUCCUCCGCCUCUUUCUUCCGGGCUUUCGUCCUUGUCGUUUGACGACGUGGUCUGGGCGUGCCAUCUAGUAACCUAAACAGAGCCUGAUGCCCGCACCAGAUCUUCGCCACCAUGGCUCGCGUCGAGCAGGAAAAAGUCUUCGGGGACGAAAAGGAGAGUUUUCAUGCAGGAAGCAUCGAGAAGGGUGAAUUGUGGGUCUUACCCACCGAAGAUGAAAAAUCGGGUCCCAAUAGGCUUGGGAGAAUUGCUGAUAAGGUACCUUGGACCGCGUACAGCAUUGGUAUAGUCGAGAUGGCGGAACGGUUUUCCUACUAUGGCUCUACGGCAGUCUUUACCAACUUCAUUCAGCAGCCUCUCCCACGCGGCUCGCGCACCGGUGCAGGUGGCCAUGACCACGUUUCAGGAGCCCUUGGGCGGGGCAUCCAAGCCGCACAGGUCUCACCACCUUCAACCAAUUCUGGGUCUACGUUAUUCCUUUGUUCGGCGCUUACAUCGCGGAUACGAAAUUGGGGCGUUAUAAAACUAUUUCCUGGGCUGUGUUCAUUGCGAUGAUUGGGCACGUUUUGUUGAUCGUGAGCAGUGUUCCGGGUGUCAUCGAGCAUUCUAGUGGGGCGUUGGCCUGUUUUACGCUUGCGUUGAUUGUUAUGGGAUUGGGAAGUAAG